CAGGAGGUUUUAGACGAGCAUAAGAUCAGUCUGAGGAGGAGAUGUGAAUUUGUGACAGAAGGAACUGCUGCAGCAGGAACUGGAACCCCCCUCAACAGGAUCUACACUGAGCUCUACAUCACACAGGGACAGAGUGAAGAGGUUAAUACCCAACAUGAGGUGUGGCAGCUGGAGACAACAUCCAAGAUGGAGACCCUCCAUGACACUCCAAUCAAGUGCCAGGACAUCUUCAAACCCUUACCUGGCCAAGACACACACAUCAGAGUAGUUGUGACCCAGGGCGUUGCCGGGAUUGGAAAAACCUUCUCAGUGCAGAAGUUCACUCUGGACUGGGCAGAGGGCUUGGAAAACCAACAUGUCAGUCUUGUGGUUCUGCUUUCGUUCCGGGAGCUGAACUUGAUCAAAGAUGAGCGCUACAGUCUUCUCCAGCUGCUCCGUGUUUUCCAUCCAACAUUACAGACGGUCACAGCAGAGAAGCUCGCCGUCUGUAAAGUCGUGUUCAUCUUUGACGGCCUGGAUGAAAGCAGGUUUUUAUUGGAUUUCCAGAACAAUGAGGUUGUGUCUGAUGUCACACAGACAUCAUCAGUAGAUGUGCUGCUGACAAACCUCAUCAAGGGGAAUCUGCUUCCCUCGGCUCUCCUCUGGAUAACUUCCAGACCUGCGGCGGCCAAUCAGAUCUCUCCUACAUGUGUCGACAGGGUAACAGAAGUGCGAGGGUUCACUGACCUCCAGAAGGAGGAGUACUUCAGGAGGAGAUCCAGUGAUGAGGAGCUGUGCAGCAGAAUCAUCUCACACAUCAAGGCGUCCAGGAGCCUCCACAUCAUGUGCCACAUCCCAGUCUUCUGCUGGAUCACUGCUACAGUCCUGGAGCACAUGUUGACUACAGACCAGAGAGGAGAGCUGCCCAAGAGCCUGACUGACAUGUACUCACACUUCCUGCUGGUUCAGACACAGAGGAAGAAGCACAAGUACGAUGAGAGACAUGACAGGAGUCAGCAGGAGCUGAUGGAGACUGACAGGGAAGUUCUUCUGAAGCUGGGCAGGCUGGCGUUUGAACAUCUGGAGAAAGGCAACCUGAUGUUCUACCAAGAAGACCUGGAGGAGUGUGGUCUUGAUGUCACAGAGGCCUCGGUGUACUCAGGAGUGUGCACAGAGAUCUUCAAAACAGAGUGUGUGCUCUUCCAGAGAAAAGUCUACUGCUUUGUUCAUCUGAGCAUUCAGGAGUUUCUCACUGCAGUCUACAUCUUCCACUGCUACACCAACAGGAACACAGAGGUACUGGCCAGAGUCAUGAGAACAAGCAAGAAUAAAGGUGUUGACAAUGAGCCAUCGUUGGAUAUCUUCCUGAAGACAGUCAUGUCUGAAGCCCUGCAGAGCAAAAAUGGUCACUUGGACCUCUUUGUCCGUUUCCUUCAUGGCCUCUCACUGGAGUCCAACCAGAGGCGCUUAGGAGGCCUGCUGGGUCAGACAGAGAGCAGAGCAGAAGACAUCCAGACAGCCAUCAAAAAUCUGAAGAUGAGACGAGCAACAGUUAUCUCUCCUGACAGAAGCAUCAACAUCUUCCACUGUUUGAUGGAGAUGAACGACCUCUCAGUACAUCAGGAUAUCCAAAAGUUCCUGAAGUCAAAGAACAGAUCAAAGAAGAAACUUUCUAUGAUCCAGUGCUCAGCUCUGGCCUACAUGCUGCAGAUGUCAGAGGAGGUUCUGGAUGAGUUGGACCUGAAGGCGUACAACACAUCAGAUGAGGGACGACAGAGACUGAUCCCAGCUGUGAGGAACUGCAGGAAGGCUCGACUGAGGCGCUGCGGGUUGUCAAAGAGCUGCUGUGCUUCUCUGGCCUCGGCUCUGAAGUCCAACCCCCAUCUGACAGAGCUGGACCUGAGUGAGAACCAGCUGCAGGAUUCAGGAGUGGAGCUGCUGUCUGCUGGACUGGAGAGUCCAAACUGCAGACUGGAGACUCUCAGACUGAGUUACUGCUGGUUGACAGAGAGCUGCUGUGCUUCUCUGGCCUCGGCUCUGAAGUCCAACCCCCAUCUGACAGAGCUGGACCUGAGUGAGAACUGUCUGGAGGAUUCAGGAGUGGAGCUGCUGUCUGCUGGACUGGAGAGUCCAAACUGCAGCCUGAAGACUCUCAGGUCAGAGAGGGGUGGAGUCAGUCCUCUCAGUCCAGGGAAUCGGAGCUAUGCCUGUGAUCUCACACUGGAUCCAAACACAGUGAACAGAAGACUCCGUCUGUCUGAGGACAACAGGAAGGUGACGAUGGAGAGAAAGCAGCAGCCGUAUCCUGAUCAUCCAGACAGAUUUAAACAGCCUCAGGUUCUGUGUAGAGAAGGUCUGACUGGGCGAUGUUACUGGGAGGUCCAGUGGAGAGGAGGGGUUGAUAUAGCAGUGACUUACAGAGGAAUCACAAGAAGUGGUGAUGACUCUGUGCUUGGAUACAAUAAACAGUCCUGGAGUCUGAUGUGCUCUGAUGGCAGCUACUCUGUCAGACACAACCGUGAGUCCACCAGACUCUCUGUCCGUCCCCGUGGAUCUGACAGAGUAGCAGUGGAUCUGGACUGCUCUGCUGGGACUCUGUCCUUCUACAGAGUCUCUUCUGACAGACUGACACUCCUGCACACCUUCAGCUCCACCUUCACUGAGCCGCUCCUCCCUGCGUUUCAUUUGUGGUCAUCUGGUUCUUCUGUUGUGCUGCCAGUUUGUCAGAAACAAACUCUGACCUGAAAGAGUUUAGAACAUGUUUGGCUGAUUUGUGGUUUAUGGUUGAUGUUUGUUUGUUUGUUUGUUUGUUUGUUUGUUUUUAUUGUAUCAGGCA